GUUCACAUUUUCCCUUCAUCGAGAUUCUCAAACCCUCUCCUCUCUCCCAUUCACAAUCAUCAAACCCUUAUUUGAACAUGGCUUUCCCCACUUCACAUUUUCCCUUCGCCCUGAUUGUCGACCCUAUCCUCUCCACCGUUCAUCAUCAACAAAACCCCUUUCAUUACAUGCACCCCAUUGAUCAUUCAAUUUCUUCCUCAUCGCAUACAUUCCUCCCACCGUGCAAUAUGAUAGAUAAGUGAAUGUUUAUAAUCUUAUAAUCGCAGAUUAAGGUGUUGGGUUAAAACGGCGAAUCGAGAAUUGGAGGGAAGGGGUAAUCGACGAAGGAUCUCUACUGUCAAGACGUCUUAAGAAGAAAUCGAUAGCGAUGACAAGCCAGGUGACGGAAGUGGAAGAGGUUGGUGAAGAUGGGGAAUCUGAUUUCGUAGCGGGCUGGUUCAACGACGAUAUUGGUUUCGUCAGAUCCGGAACAACUUUCACCCGGUCGCUGUUAACUCUUCCACAUUGGUGUCCGAAGGACGAGAGUAAAAGCCUGAAGAAUCUGAGUGUUAGCAGGAGCCUUUGGCGUGAGAAGCGUAGCUGAAGCAAGAGUUUGUCCUGCUGCUACUGACUUAUUUCAGGAAGCUCUCUUAAUUGGAUUCAGCUAGUCACUUAUUCUUGCUUUGUCUUAGAUUUGUUGGUUUAUUUUGCAGGUACAAGGGUUUGACUCAUGCUUGUUAUCUUUACAUCUGUAGGUUGAGUGCUCCGGAAUGGUGAAAAUAAUUGAUGAAUCUAAGGAUGUUGAGUGGUGGUUAACUGGUCAUAAAAUUUCUCGGUUGUGAAGUGGUGGGGAACUGAUCAGACUAAGGGGAUUAUUAUUCUAUAGUGCUGAGUUAAUAGGUUUUUAUUUCGUAUGUAAUUCGGUUAAGUGUGGGCGGUAACAAAGGAAACUCCACUGACAUCAGAGAGGCUUCCAAGAACAAUAACAAGUUCAGCAGAAGUGGUUGUUAGAGGAGCCUUCCAAUAUGAGUUAAGUCAUCCAGAGUUCAAUGGAGCAGUAAUGACAAAAAUGGAGCUAAAUACUUUUCUGUUUCAACCUGUAAUUGGAUAAUAUAUUUUCAAUCAAUAACAAAGGGGAUAGAGGUCUAUAAAAAAUAAUCGAUAACUGAUAGACCGUUAAUUACACAUGUUUUUACCCCUGUUCUUACACCGUUUGAGAUGUGAUUUCUCGUGUUUUAGGUCGAUUUCACGCUAGGUUGUGCUUGUUUGUGAUAUUUCAGGUCCUAGUACGUGAAUGGAGGGUUGGGAGCGAGUUUGGGGUCGAUUGGAUGAAGAUCGGGCGCGAGGCAAGCCGACGAGGAGGCCACACGGGCACACAUGUGGAGGAGCAAGGUGGCCGUGCGAGUUUCGCCGAGAGCAAACACGGGCAUGAUGGAAAUCCCACACGGCCGUGCGACCCUGGCCGUGUGGGAAGCCUGAAGAUCGAACUAAUUGAUACGCCGCGUUUUGACUCACACGGGCAACUGGGUGAGCCACACGGCCGUGUGGCCUGCCCGUGUGAGUCGGGAAAUCUUGGUUUUUCAGCCAAUUUCGAGCCACAAGUAAAAGAAUCAGACUUUUUGAGCAAAAACAGAGCCCUAGAGAGAGAAAGGACGAAGAACACAUCGUAGAAGCUAUCUUGGAGCUGGGUUUCAUCAAAUCAAGCUUGGAGAUCGUCAUAGGAGUGGAAAUCAUCAUCCCAGAGCAGAUUCUUCCCAUAGUUAUGAGUAUGACUGCUUUGUAUCUUGUUUUCCUCUCUCUCUCUCUAUGGAGUAGAACCCCUCUCUCACUUGGGGAUGAAGAACCCUAGUUCUAUGUGUUAGGGAUUGACUGUAAUGACUUGGGAUGAUAUUACUAUUUGAUUUUAAUCGAAUGAUGCAUGUUUAUUGAGUCAAUUGAAGUCUGAUCAACUUUUCCUGAUUCCUGAUGCAAUCUGAGAUAGAUAGAAUCUUAUUAGGUUGCUAGAGUCUCAUCAUUCGGUAGUAGGAGAUUGGCUAUACGAGAGUUAGUCAGUUUACUGCUUUGUCUAGGAAUCCAAUUCCAGUAGUGGAGUUCUGUUCUUACUGCUUCAGCUUUCUAUCCCGGUGAAGACUAGUCGUCUGCCGGGUAGUUAGACUGAGAGGGCUUGGUCAGCUUAAGAGAUUCCAAGCUACUGUCGGAUCUUCCGCAGUCUAAUCAACAGUAAAUCAACCC